AUGGACACAAUCGAUCAGUGCGUAGCAUGCAAGGCUGCAGGUAGACCAAAACACCCGGAACCUCUUCGCAUGACAGAAAUGCCAGAAUUACCAGGGAGUGUCGUACACGUAGACUUUCCUAGACCUAGACCUACGUCGGAAUAUCUCUUAGUCGCAGUGAAUAGAUACUCAAGAUUCCCGGAAGUAGAGAUUGUUCAUUCGAUACGAGCUUCAACUGUAACUCCGAAACUGGACAAGAUUUUCUCUGUCCAUGGAAUACCAGAUACAAUCAUAUCUGACAAUGGACAUCACUACAAUGGAAACAAAUAUGCACGAUAUAUGAAAAUCAUUGGCAUUCAAACCAAGUUCUCAACCCCUUAUUGGCCUCAAGGGAACGACACCUUAAAAAGAUUCAUGCAACCGUUGGGAAAGGGAUUAAAGACAGCAAAGCUAGAAGGACGACCAUGGAAACAAGAGUUAUAUGACUUAUAUCGUUUUCUCCUUCAAUAUCGGACAACCCCGUUUUGUACCACAGGUGUACCACCAUCAGAACUAUUAUUUAAUGGAAUUGUAAAAGGAAAGAUCCCAGUGAUAACGCGGAAGAAAGUCAUUAAUAGACACAAAGAAGCUCGAGACAACGAAAGAACAAAAAAGGAAAGAAAUAAAGAAGUCGCAAGUCGUCCAUUAAUGACAAUAAUGUAUUAA